UGGCCCUUCGGGGCGGGAGGGAGGAAGUGUUAUUGCCCCGGCGGGGGUGCCCUCCACCCUCGCGCACACAGCUGCGUGGGGGGGGCGAUCCCCCUUUCCCGGAGCGGGAUGAGCGCGGCGGGCCAGAGCCGCUGUCCCCCGGGUCUUGGCCCCGGUGUGAGGCUCUCCCGGGCGCUGCUAUAGCGGGCGCAAAACCAGAAGGAAUGAGACAGCCCAGCUUUUCUCACGGCUUUUAUCUGUGAAUUUCUUAUGAACAUCAUUGUAGUAUCUGUUGUUUAAUAGCUAAAAAGUGUCGUAGCACAGGUCCAGCUGCAGUAACGUUGUGAUCUGCUGUGUGACUACUGGGCCGAUACUCUGGCAGAGCCAAUGCUAGAUCUGGAAGUGGUUCCCGAGCGAUCUCUUGGGAAUGAACAAUGGGAAUUCACCUUGGGAAUGCCAUUGGCUCAAGCUGUAGCAAUUCUUCAGAAACACUGUCGUAUUAUCAAAAACGUCCAGGUUCUCUACAGUGAGCAGUCUCCUCUUAGCCAUGACCUCAUCCUUAACCUGACUCAGGACGGAAUCAAACUGCUGUUUGAUGCUUUCAAUCAGAGACUUAAGGUGAUUGAAGUUUAUGACUUGACUAAGGUGAAGUUAAAAUAUUGUGGUGUCCAUUUUAACUCUCAGGCAAUUGCUCCAACCAUAGAACAGAUUGAUCAGUCAUUUGGAGCAACACAUCCAGGAGUGUACAACUCAGCUGAACAACUCUUUCACCUCAAUUUCAGAGGGCUGUCUUUUUCUUUUCAAUUGGACUCAUGGGCUGAAACUCCAAAGUACGAGCCUAACUUUGCUCAUGGCCUAGCUUCUCUGCAAAUUCCCCAUGGUGCAACUGUGAAACGAAUGUACAUCUACAAUGGAAACAGCCUGCAGGAUACCAAGGCUCCCCUCAUGCCCCUCAGCUGUUUCCUUGGUAACGUGUAUGCAGAGAACGUUGAUGUUCUGAGAGAUGGAACUGGACCCUCAGGUUUACGGCUCCGCUUACUCACUGCAGGCUGUGGCCCAGGUGUAUUAGCUGAUGCCAAGAUGCGGGUAUUUGAGCGCUGUGUGUACUUUGGUGAUUCAUGCCAAGAUGUUCUGAGCACUUUGGGGUCUCCGCACAAAGUCUUUUACAAGUCAGAAGACAAGAUGAAAAUUCAUUCACCCUCCCCCCAUAAGCAGGUUCCAUCAAAGUGCAAUGACUACUUUUUUAAUUACUUCACGCUUGGAGUGGAUAUUCUUUUUGAUGCAAAUACUCACAAGGUGAAGAAAUUUGUCUUGCAUACAAAUUAUCCUGGUCAUUACAACUUUAACAUAUACCAUCGUUGUGAAUUCAAGAUUCCACUAGCCGUUAAGCGAGAUAGUUCGGAUUCACAGACUGAAACGUGCACAACGUACAGCAAGUGGGAUAGUAUUCAGGAUCUUCUGGGACAUCCUGUGGAAAAGCCAGUGGUACUUCAUAGGUCAUCCUCUCCAAACAAUACUAACCCAUUUGGAUCAACGUUUUGUUUUGGACUGCAGCGAAUGAUCUUUGAGGUGAUGCAGAAUAAUCACAUAGCAUCUGUUACUUUGUAUGGCCCAGCAAGGCCCAGCAGCCAGCUGAGAACGUCGGACCUUCCUCAAUGAAGCAUCAUCUUCAAAAUCAGCUAAUCUAAAUGCUACAAAACUAGUACAGCGUGCCUUGAUUUACUGCCACUUAUAUGGAAAGCAUGGUAUGAUUUUUUUUCAAAAUAAAAUUCCUCCCUUCCAUGCGUGGUGCGGAGGGGAAAUUCUCUCAACCCUUCAUCAUAAGGCAUGGAACUAGUGAUGGAGGAAAGCAGCUAGAUGCCUGUGUUGUCAUUUUACUCCUCUCGGUUGGCCGUCUCCUGCGCAGCACAGACCUGAAGAGACUGUCUAUCCUUCCUGAGCUGGCAGAAGGAACAUUAAUGACUGCAAGAGUUAGAAGCACAAACUUUCUGAGCCUUGGAGCAUCUGGAAACAGGUAUUGAUAUUAGUCUGUGUUUGUGUUACUGUAUUGAUGUGGUGGUCCUAUUUUAAGAAACCAAGUGUGUGUGUGUGUGUGUGUAUACACACACACACACACACACACACAAAUAUAAACACGUCGAUAUUUCUGUGGCUUAGGACAUGGUACCAAGUGUGACAAGGGUGUAUAUAUGUCCAGGAUUUCAGGCACCACAUCUUUGUGUAACUUCGGAACAAGCAAGUAGCAUGUGCAUAAUACUUGGUUGUGUACCAUUUGCACUACAUACACUUUAAUUACUUGAUAAACGUUAUCUUCACUGAGGAGCAUCUGUGUACGGGGUGUGAUGGUUAUUUAAUGUACGCUGUGCAGUAAGCUUAUUUAUGUGGUGGACUGACGAAUAGUCCACCUUCCUGCACUAAUAUUUACUUGACGUGCUGAAGCAAUUGGUUUUCUGCCAUGCCUGGUUUGCUAACUUUUUUUCCUAUGCCGUUUCCCAAAAAAAAACAAAAAUCUGGAAGAGAUUAUUCCUAUGACUGAAAGAAGUGGGUGUUGUUUUUUUUUAUACCAUUUUUCUUCAUACUUAAAAAUUUUUAAAAAUACGUCCCGUAACAGAAAAUGCAGGUGCCUCAUCUCUCGAUGUACUGGAACAUGUUUGUUCCAAACCCCCCAGCUGCUCCCUAUUUCCUGUAGAAAAGGAGAAAGGAAAGAGAAUUUGUAGUGAGUACGUAGAUGAUUGAAAGAAAAAUUCCCCAACUCCUCCAGCACCAAGCAACCUCUUCCCAUGUCUUCUGAACUAUGACUUUUAUUUAAUGCCAAAGUUUUAGCCAAAGACAUCCUCAGUCUAGUUUCACCAUCUCUGUAUAUGUAAUCUAACUGCACACCCCACCCCCAGGAAACCGGAUAUAGGCUUUUCUCUAGUCAGGAAAUGCUGCUCACUGCAUUUUAUCUCAAGUGGAAUGCUUUGGGUUUGUAGUUCUCUUACAGUCUUAUUGGGGAAAGUAGUGUGUGUUCUUUGACAUAUUAACCCUUUUUAAAAAUGGAAAGAGAAAUGUAUAAUUUUGUCCCAUUUUUAAUAUUUUGGUGUAGCAAGUUGUGAUACAUAGACAACGAUUUUGUGAGUUUUACAAUGUGUGUACAGAUUUUGUAAAUAUGACAUUUUUGUAAUUAACGCCAUGUACAGUGUAAUCCUGUAUAGUUUAUCAGUGAAUGGGAGGUAGGAAAUAGAAUGUUAACUAGUGUUUUGGAUCCUGGACCAGUAGCAGGGAUAAAUGUGAUUUGGUGUGUGUGAGUGUAAGAGUUUGUGCGUAUGAUAUUCUUUGCCAUUUAGUCUUCCUGUAUACUGUGACAUUCUAGAGUGUUUUACUAAAACAAAAAAGCCCUAUUGAGAAUCUAUCUAAAGAAAAAGUUACUGUUUACCUUCGUUAUUCUUAGGUGUUACUCCUGUUGAAUUCCUGCUCAAUCUGUGCUGUUUCCUGUGAUCAUUGCUUGCUGAGAAAAUUCUACACCUCAAUCUAUUUCUUUGUUUCCUCUCUCAUUUUCAUUUUGGUUUACAUAGACCUUCUGUAAAUUAAACAGAAUACAUAAUGAGCAUGUACACUGAAAGACAAAUAAAAUGCGACUCUCAGUUACUGUUUUGUGUUGCAUACAGUUGCUGGGUGUUUUUGUAAAAAAGUGGUGAAUGCUUUUGCUUUAUUUCAUAUCAUUUACUUAUUAUAUGCAGAUUAAUUUUACCGGGGAGUUGGAAAUAAAGACCCCAGGGUUCUGCUCUAAUCUCUAGCACUGGCUUGUGUAAACUUGGACAAGUCACUUAAACUGUCUGCGCUUUAGUUUACUCUUAUGAAAAUGCAUUUAUUUCAGAAUGUAGCUACCUCACAGAGUUUUGAAAUGUAAGUAUUUAUAGAGCACUUCAAGAUAUUAGAAUAAAAGGUGUGGUAUAAAUUCAUGUUUGUUCCUAAAUAUAAUGCUAAAAUAUGAUUGCUAAUUAUUAGUUAAUUUUCUUAAAUCUCUUUUGAAAAUUGACCUGCAUGAGACUCCAGAUUAGGAGUUCUGUCCUGGGGGUGAGGGUUAGCAAAAUUUUCACCAUCUUAUAGAGAAAUAUAGACUUUUGCUCUUCCAUGGCUCAUCCUUCUGAAAGGGACGGAGGCAUCAUUCUGCCAGCCCGACAUGUCUCAGGAGACAUGCUGCCUGCCUGGAGCCCACAUCCCAGAUGUUACAGAAAGUUCGCCGAGGCUCAUCUGUUGGUCUAGCCACUGCCCCAUGCUGCUCAUCCACAUGAGCAGAUAUUGCCUAGCUUGACCCCAAGCAGAUCCGCAGUGACUGCGGUGCCCUGGGAGCAAGGGGGAGGGGAGGACACAGGCUGUGUUCUGAUCCAUCCUCCUGGUUGAGUGUAAGGACCCAUGCAGGGACACAUACAUCCUGGAUAUGAAUGCAUGGCUGCACAGAUGGUGUCAACAGGAGGAUGUCUGCUUCCUUGACCCUGGGAUGCUGUUCCGAGAAGGUCUGCUGGGAAGAGAUGGAAUCCACCUGACUAAAAAGAGGGAAAGCAUCUUUGCUCACCAACUUGCCAGCCUAGUGAGGAGGAUUUUAAACUAGAUUAAAAGGGGGAAGGUGAUAGCAGACCACAGGUAAGCAUAAAAAAUCCCGACCUUAACAGAAGGCUAGAUGUUUGGGGGAGAGGGAAGGGAGCACAGAAAACUACACUAUGGUUGUGACACUGCACCCCAUAUUCAUCAUAGUUGUAUGGUUAUGAUAUGAUUAUAAUGUAUGAUGCAUCUGGUACAAGAUGCAUCUUGUGAGGUUUCAUUGGAAAAGUUAUGAUUUGCUGAACGAUUGUCCUAUUUGUGUGCAUGCAUUAUUUUUGUAUCUAAAGUUAUGAAUAUUUACUAUGUAUCUGUAUUUCAAAUGUGGUUACACCUGGGUGACACCCACUAGGCAAAGUGCUUCCAGUCUAGAGAGUUGGUUGUGAAGAGCCUGUUCAGGGUAAUGAGCCAUUAGGGGAAACAGUAGGCCUUAGGAGAAGCAUAUUGCCCACCUGGUUAGCCUUCCUGUAAAUGUUUCAGCCAGCCUGUGAGUAAUGGCUACUAUGACUCAGCAGGGCAUGCAACCAGACCACAUGACACCGAACUCCAUUUUGGUACCUGUAUUUUUCCACAAGCUGGACUGAAAACUGAGUUUGGAAAAAAGGGUUCCCACCAUAUGGAAAAGCUACAUAAGGUGGGGUGUGACAUUAUCUCUUGGCCUCAUUCUCCACACAAGAACUCCUGGAACCUGAGGAACAAAGACUGAACUGGGGGAAGUGCUGGACCCAGGCUAAAGGGAUUUCUAGCCUAUGUAUGGAAACUUGGUGGACUGCUUGUAUCAUCAGUUAGGGUGAGAAAUUGCUAAUUCAAAUCCUAUCUAGUAUUUUAGGCUUAGUUUGCGGUUUUGUUUAUUUGCUAGGUAAUCUGCUUUGAUCUGUUUGCUAUCAUUUAUAAUCUGUCUUUCUGUAGUUAAUAAACUUGUUGUAUGCUUUAUCUAAA